CUGCACCCGAUUCAGCUAUUAAGCCAGCAAGCACGAGGAACAUCUGCUGCCGCCAUCCAAUCAUCAGAAAUAAAAUUCUAACGAGCUCAAUCCGAGAAGUUUUUUCUUUUCUUAUACAUGGAUCUUGAGACUAAAACCAGAAUCUCUGAAACAGUUGUGGAAAUCCUAAAAUCUUCAAACAUGGACGAAAUGACGGAGUUCAUGGUUCGUGAAGCGGCAUCAAAGAAGCUAGGUAUUGAUCUCUCCGAUCCGAUCAAGAAGAUGUUUGUUCGCCAGGUCGUAAAUUCAUACCUCGAAAAUCAACCGGAGGAGGAAGCUAACCAAGAAGGCGGCGAGGAAGAGGAUGCUGGGCGUGAAGAGCAAUCGGAGGAGAAAAAGCCCCAAAGUGGUGCCGACGGAUCAGACAAAGGGCAUGGCGCUGACGGAUCCGACGAAGAGUAUGUUGUGGUCAGAUCGGGCAAAGCGGCCGGUGCCGGCGGAUCCGGCAAAGUGUACAGCGACGACGGCCUCAUUAUUUGCCAAUUGACUAAGAAGAGAAGGGUGACCAUAACUGAUUUCAAAGGGAAGUCUCUGGUGUCCAUUAGAGAAUACUAUUGGAAAGAUGGGAAAGAACUCCCAACAACUAAAGGAAUAAGCUUAACUGCUGAGCAAUGGGCUUGCUUCAAGAAGAACAUUCCUGCAAUUGAAGAAGCCAUAAAGAAAAUGGAAUCAAGGCUAGAUUGAGUCUGCAUUAAUAUAUAUGUGUGUGUGUGUGUGUGUGUGUGUGUGUGUGUGUGUGUACGAUAUGACCACACCCAUGCCAUUUUGCUCUAUAGGUUUUUGUAACUCCCCAAUUAUAUUGUACCGUAGUACUCUUUAACUGGGUGGGACACUUGUCAUAGUGAAUGGUUGUGUCAUUUUCCAGAAAAAAAAAGCAUUUCGGUAUUAGCCUUGUAGUUUAGUUUUUCUAUUUAAAGCUUGUUUGGUGAGCGCAAGAGAUAUGUUUUAUAAUCUGAAAAUGGGCCUUGGAUUUGAUAUCUUUGG